AUGGCCUUCCGCUCGGCGCGGCCACUCCGAUUCCGCCUGACCAGGCUCUUGCGCGCAGGAGGUGCAGAAGACGCAAAGCCCCGAUGGACACUGCCCGAGGCAGACUACCACAAAUAUACGUACCAGCCAUCCAUCCCGGACAAGCACUUCAACAUCGGCCAUUGGAACUAUGCCCCCAUCACCAUGUGGCUGCGUGCUCGGCGCCCCGCCAUGGAGAAGGUGCUGGGUGACGUGUACACCACCCUCACCAGCACGGGAAGCGCCCUCUGGUCGCCCAUCUACGGCAACAUCCACGCCAACCUCCCUGGCUUCGGCUACAAGUUCCUUGGGCUGGUAGGCGCUCUGAUCGGCUACAACCUGGCCGUCAUGUACGUGACUUCCCGUACUGAGGCGUGGAUGUUCCUGGAGAAGAUGCGUCUUUAUGCCCUGGGCGACGAGCUAGUCAAGAAGGGCUUCUUCAUGUCCGACGCAGAGGAGGCGCACUCGCGCCAGCACAAGUACGACCACGAGGUGGAACGGCUGAACCAUCUCUGGGAGGAGGCCAUCUCCGACGCCACGCAAGCCAGAUCCUUUGACAGGCUGUGUGAGCAUUUGGCCGUGGAUGCUGAGAAGCUUCCGGUGACCGAGAUCCCCAAGCCGAUCUCCUGGCGAUUCAGCCUGAUGCCGUAUGGACGGGAUGACCCCGAUGCCAAGACCUUCAGCUUUGCGCCCGUGGACUCACCGGCAGCCAGCAAUUAUUUCCUGCUGGACAUUGGGAAUUCCGGGGACUACAUCGACCGCCAGGACAACAAGCCGAAUCCCAUCCGCAAGGGCCGUCACAUGUACACGGCUGCAUACAUGCCCCCGACGAAGUGA